AUGAUCAAUUGGUUAGGAAGCACAUUGGGAAGUGCAUUGGAUUUGAAUUUGGUUACCUCAGUUGUGAGUGAUACCUUAACAAAUAACAAAUCAUCAUCAAAUUCCAAUACUGCCUUGUUGGCACAAUCAACGAGUGAUGCUGUCUCUGAUGAAUUUGCUGCCUUCAUCACAAAGAUUGGAAAGACAAGAUGUAGAGAAUCGGAGAAUGAAACUGUGCUAUCGAUGAAAGAAGCCUUAAAGGAAAAAUUGGAGGAUCCUCUAUUAAUUAAUAAUCGAUUGGAGAUGAAGGAUGUCUUAUUGAGGUUAAUAUAUUGUGAAAUGUUGGGACAUUCUAUUGAUCAAUUCGGAUCAAUUCAUUUGGUUAACUUUAUUGCAUUGAAUGAUUUGACUUUAUAUGAGAAGAGGUUAUCUUAUUUGGCUGCUGGAUUGAUAUUACAUAGGAAACAUGAAAUGAUUCUACUGAUUAUUAAUUCAAUUCAGAAGGAUUUGAGGAGUAAGAGAUAUAUGAUUGUACUUUCAGCAUUGAUUGCUGCCUCAAAAUUAUUGAAUUAUGAAACCAUACCUGCUGUAUUACCAUUUGUUAUUCCUUUAUUGAAACAUCAGAGGUCAGAGGUGAGAAAGAAGGCAAUCUCAACUUUGCACGCAUUCUACAAUAUUGAGAAGGAGGAAAGUGAUGAUGUAGAAUCUUAUAAUGGAACUUAUUUACAAUAUAUUGACACAAUGUUAAAUGAUUUUGAUCCAAUGGUGUUAUCAGCAACCAUUUGUUUCCUUUCAGAUUACGUUGCUGAUUGUCAUGUUAGAUUGAUUAAGGAGAAGAAAAAUUCUUCCUCCACCGAAAGUCAAGGUCAAAAGACAAUUGAUCCAAAAGUUUUAAAAUUGACAUCCUAUGUUGUCUCGAUUUUCAAUCAAAUUAUAGAAUACAAUAUUGAGCAGGAUUACAUGUACUCAAAAUUACCAGCUCCAUGGUUUCAGAUAAAAAUCCUUCAGGUAUUCACAUUGUUGGGAAGACAAAACAAGAGUACCAGCCAAGAACUGUACGAGCUGAUACGGACAGCUUACAAAAAAGCUGAAAGAGCAGAGAAUGCAACUGGUAUUGCAAUCAUGUUUCAGUGUGUGAAAACAGCAAUCAAUAUCUAUCCUUCACAACACAUGCUGCAAUUUAUUUACGAUUCUGUAACGAGAUUCAUUUGGAAUAAUGACAUGAAAGUACCCAACAUUAGAUACACAGCCUUGGAAAUGUUAAGAAUGGUGCUGAGAUAUAAUACUGAAUUGGUGGCCCUCCACCAAGAAAUGAUUAUCGAUUCUCUGAGUAGUAAUGACGAAACAAUUCAAAAACUCACUUCAAGAUUGCUAACACGAAUGGCCAAUCAAAGCAAUACAAAGACAAUUCUCGAUCGAUUAAUCAAAUAUCUGGCCUAUGUAAUUUCUGUGAAUGAUAUUUUUAUGGCUGAGGAGUUGGUAGCAAAUAUUAGAAAUAUUUUUGAUAGGUUCACUGAUGACUACUAUUGGUAUGUGGAAAUAGUUGUUGACUUUCUUAAAGCAGUAGGAGACGAAAAGAACACAAAAAACCAACCCCUUAUUGAGGAUCAAGUUGUAAAUAUUAUUGUAAAAAAUAUUUUAGAUGAAACUAAACUGGAUGAAGAGCUGGGACCUUUUAUAAUUGAGAGGUAUUACAAGUUAUUAUACGAUCAAGUUUAUACUGACUCGAAAUUAUUUCCUAAUUGUCUCUUUACUGUAAUAGUUUAUGUGUUGAGAGGAUUGAGCUCUUAUGUAGAUGACCACAAGGAAAAUGAGGAAGAGCCAUCCAAAGAGAAUAUUAUUGAACUCUUCUUGAGCUUGAUAAACUCAUCACUAUACUUUGAUUCAAGAUUGAAGAGUUGUAUCAUUAGUUCAUCCAUGGAAGUAUAUUUAAAAAUCAAAAGUCCAGACGACCUUGGUGAAAGAAUCACCUCUGCCCUACUACCACUGAAAAAUAGUAGACAUGAAGAUGUAUUUGAAAGAACGUAUCAAUUAAUGUCCUUAUGUGAAUUUGACAAUCCAAAGAGUUUGAAUGAUUUGGAUGAAUUAAUUUAUUCUGAAGAAAAUACAAAAGUGGAUUCUUCUUUAAGCUUUUUGCAAUCCUAUGUUGAAAGCUUGAAGGAGGAAGGACUUCCUGUCUAUUCACAAGAAUUGAAGGAAGAGGUUAUGGAGAAACAAAAGCUUCUCACACACAAGAGACAUUCAAAGAAGAAAGAUUUGAUCAUUGUUAUUGACAAAGUGGAGCCAGUGGAAAUUAACUUUAAAGGAGAUGAUCUUGAUACUCGUAUCAGGAAUAGUAAAAAGGUAUGGUCUCAAGAGGACUGUUUGGAAGAAACACCAAAUAGAGUGGAAGAAGAAUCAGAGACCAUUAAGGCUAUGAAAGCUAAAAUUAAGAAGAAGAGAUUGCAGAAGGAAAUGGAAGAAAAGCAAAAGGAAGAGGAGGAAAAGAAAAACCUAACAGAAGAGGAGAAAACCGGGGAAGAAGAGUCCAUGAGUGAUGGGAAUAAUUCUGAAACAACUAAAGAGGAUGAAAAAGAAGAGGUUAAAACCACAGAACCAGAGAAGGUAGCAAAAGAAAAGACAAUAGAAAAAGUACAAACACCCCAAACGCCACAAUUUAUUCCAAUACCAUUUCCUUAUCCCUCUUAUGAUCCAGCUCAAAUGGCUUCAUUUUAUCAAUACCCUCAAGCAUUCCAAAUGCCAUAUGGUCAGCAGAUUCCUGGCCAGCCAUUACAAUAUGUUUAUGUGCCACCAACAAACAGUCAAUUGAUGCAAAUGAUGCAAAUGCCACAUCAACCAUUUCCAUUCAUGCCAGUUAAUCAAAUUAAUCAAGGAUCAGGAAGCCCACAAUUUGGAUACCCUGUCAGUCAACAAGUGCCAGGUCACGUUUUUCAACCAAUACGACCUGCCACACCAAAUAAUCCAACUAUCCAGCCAGUUUUUCCAAAUCAAGUUGUACAACAAACACAUCCUAUUCAACAAACAGAAGCAAUUACAGAAGUACCAAAAGCUGUAGAGGAAGUUAAAGAAAGCAUUGAGGAUGUUGAACAACAGGUUCAAAAAGAAGAGGAAGAGCAAGAUGUAUCUCCAACAACAGAAAGCAAUGAAGAAAACCAAGAUUCAGAGUUAAUUAUUAAUAUGACAUGCUAA